AUGACAACGAUGUUCAUCCAACUGCGCCGUGUGGUGUACUUGUUGGUACUUCUGCAGUGUUGUGUGUGUGCAGUAUGUGCGACGAAAGUAAGCGGUGGUGGGCAGGAUUCUUCAACCAUAAUGUCAGAUAAAGCAGAUGUGGAUGGGUUGUUAAACAAGGCGGUAGAAAAGGCGAUUGAGCGCAUUGGAAGUAUGGCUGGUUGUCUGGAUGCGUUAGUGGGUGAAGGGGAAACGGAAUCAUUCGAGGAUAAUUCCAAACGUGCUGAGGCUGUUGCGAAGAGUAUGGAGGUUCUUCUUGAAGAGGUCGGGAAUUUGAAGGAAAAAGGAAAACCGAAGUGGGAGCCAGAAGUUGAGUGGAAAGAGAAAAAAAAGACGAUAUUGCAACAAAAAGUACAGGAAUUUCACCACGUGAGAUCAUCACUCGAAGAAGUAUAUCUUUUGGUGCAUUUAUGUAGGAAGCCACUUAGGAACUUGGAUGAAGUUAUGGAGGGACUUGCCGACGCUCGAAAAAAUUUUUUGAAAGUACAUGAAAACAAAAAGGAUAGAACGCCGGAGGUAAUGAAACUCGAUAAAAACAGUAGUGUGGUAAACCGAACGUUAUUUGACCUCUCGGAACGAUUCAAACCUGAGGAUGGUGAACUCAAACCACUCAUGGAUCUCGUAGAAGUCAUGAUGGACACGGUAAAGGCAGUGAAAGACCUCAAGAAGUCUUUGGAAAGUGUACCCGAGCUCGUAACUGUUUUAGAAGGCAUCAAGGAAGAAGACUUGCAAAAAAUAGAAGAGACGAAAGAGAACAACGUCAUUAAAAAACUGGAGGAAGCAAAAGCAGAUGCAAGAAAAGAAUUUCUGUCUAUGGUAGAGAGGAGAUCAAUAGAAGGAAAGGAAGAGAAUGGGAUUGAAGAGCAGUCGCCAAGGGAUAAAGAAGAGAGAAAAGAGGAUGAAGAGCAGGCGCCAACGAAAGUAGUGGAGACGAAGGAGAAUGGAGACGGAAAAGCAGAGGGGAUAAAAGAAGAGGAUGGAGAAGGGGCGAAGAACGCUGACGAAAAAGCAGAAGAGAAAAAGGAAGAGGAUGGAGAAAGGGCGAAGAACGCUGACGAAAAAUCAGAAGAGAAAAAGGAAGAGGAUGGAGAAAGGGCGAAGAAUGCAGACGAAAAAUCAGAAGAGAAAAAGGAAGAGGAUGGAGAAAGGGCGAAGAAUGCAGACGAAAAAUCAGAAGAGAAAAAGGAAGAGGAUGGAGAAAGGGCGAAGAAUGCAGACGAAAAAGCAGAAAAGGAAGAAAAUACCGAACAAGGUCGGGCAGAGUCCAAACGUCCCGAAAUAAAUGGGGGUCAGGUAAUAAGUGUAAUACAAGGUGUUGACAGCAGCAGUGGUCCUUCAUUGGUGCACAGUCCCUUAAUGCUGCUUCUGCUGUGUGUGCUGGGUUGCACUCUCGUUUGCUGA